UCAAUAAGCAAGUCCAAGUGAUUUCGUUGACCGCCCACGCUGAACCAACGAGUAUAAACAUUACGAAAUGUGAUCACGCGGGUGUUCCACUUAUAGUUGGUGGUAAACCCGCCGACGAUGGAGAGUUUCCACACAUGGCUGCGAUUGGAUUUAGAAACGUUGAAGGUGAGAUCCAUUGGAAUUGCGGAGGUACCCUGAUUAGUGACAAAUUCGUAUUGUCUGCAGCACAUUGUGCUAGUUCACGAGAUGGACCACCAGUAAAAAUCCGACUUGGUGUUACCGAUAUCACUAAAAACUUCGACUCCAGACAAGAUUUCGACAUCCAGAGGAUUAUAAAACAUCCUCAAUAUACACAUACACAAAAAUACUACGAUAUCGUACUGUUUAAGCUGGAUAGACCAGUAAGGUAUACCACGAGUGUAAGACCAGCGUGUUUAUGGGCCGAGAGGGACAUUACCUCAACAACGGCAAUUGCAACAGGUUGGGGACGUAUUGAAUUCGGUGGGAAUGCAAGUGAUAAACUACUGAAGGUAACCCUCAAGAUCUUCUCGAAUCAACGUUGUCAGAACACAUAUCGCAUGGGAACGAAAGGAUUACCACGUGGAAUCAUUGAUUCCAUGGUAUGCGCGGGUGAUUUGCAGGGAGGAAAGGAUACCUGCAGUGGUGACUCUGGAGGACCUCUUUUGAUUACAAAGAACAACAAUCAAUGCGUUUUCUAUCUUGUAGGUAUAACCUCAUUUGGUAGACAUUGCGCUGCACCCAACACUCCCGCUAUUUACACAAGGGUGUCUUCUUUUAUCGACUGGAUAUCCAACACAAUUUGUUGCGGUCCCAUUACAUACAUCAGAAUAAUAAAAUCAGUGUUUCAAACAACGUUGCGGGAAAAACAUCGCGUUCCGCUUAAAAAAGUAUUUAAUUACCACCACAAACAUUCAAAUAUCGUGACAAUGUGUAAACUAUCAACCACUUUGUUUAUAUUUCUAUUGGUAUUAAUUCUGAAUGAAAUAAGGGCUCAAGAAAAUACUAAGAGUCUGCGAAAUAAACAAUUGGCGGCAUCAAAAUGCAAGGAAUACACAGCUCCGCUAAAUAAAAACUUUGAAUUAUUGCCAUUGGUCGCUGGUGGGAAACCCCAGAUACUAAAACUGCCUGUUUGUGACCAAGGCGGUGAACAACUCAUUGUUGGUGGUCAACCUGCACGCGAUGGAGAAUUUCCACACAUGGCCGCCAUCGGGUAUAAUAAUACCGAAGGAGGGUACAGCUGGUUAUGUGGUGGGUCUUUGAUAAGUGAACGUUAUGUCCUCACCGCGGCGCAUUGUUUAUAUCACCGUUCAUUCGGUACUGCUUUGAAAGUGCGACUGGGUUCAAUCUACCUGGAAGGAAACAGCCGACACCUUCAAGAAUUCGAUAUUGUAGAAGUAAUCAGGCAUCCAGGUUAUAAACACCUCAGGAAAUAUCAUGAUAUAGGUCUGUUUAAACUUGAUAGAAACGUACGCAUCAGCAAGGACGUACGUCCUGCGUGUUUAUACACUGAUGACACGAAUGACUCAUCAAAUGUUAUCGCUGCAGGGUGGGGCACCAUGGAAGCAAUGGGACCCACCAGUGAUAAACUGUUGAAGGUAGGACUUCAUAUCUACUCCAAUGAGGUAUGUGACUUCCGAUUCAGAAACACUUUGAAAGAUGGAGUUAGGAAGGAAAUGUUAUGCGCUGGUUAUCAACCGGGUGGACGCGAUACUUGCCAAGGUGAUUCAGGUGGUCCUCUCAUGGUGUCCCAACAGUAUAACCAAUGCAUCUACUACGUCAUUGGAGUAACAUCCAUUGGUAUCGGAUGUGGUGGGCAGAGCAGUAUUUAUACGAGGGUGUCAUCUUAUACAGAUUGGAUUGUGGAGAACAUCUGGUAAUCUACCCGAUGUGCAUUUAUUCAAUUCGCUUCAAUUUAACUCUCUUCAAAUAUAAGUUCCUGAAUAUAUCGAAUAUAUAAGAGUAUGUAUCACUA